AUGCAGCUGUGCAGCAGGAAGCCAUCGCUGGCGGCGCGGCGCCGCUGCGUGCUGCUGCUGGGCUCCCUGCUGCUGGUCGCCGCCGUGGCGCUGCGUGGCACCACCGGGCCCUGCCACGACACCCAUCCAGGCACCGACACCCACCCCCGCUGCCGCAACCACCUCUACCAGGCACUCACACUUUCCUCCGACAGCAAGAUCAACUGCUCAGGGAUCAUCCACGGGGAUGCAACAGCCAUCCAGGAGGCUGCCCUCAGCAGGCUGGAGGUGGCCAACAAAAAGGUCCCUCUGAUGCCUGAGGAGUAUUUGAACCUGACGAAGGACUGCAGCCGCUUCAAGGCGACGCGGCAGUUCAUUGAGAUCCCGCUAAGCCAGGAGGAAGCAGAGUUUCCCAUUGCCUACUCCAUGGUCAUCCACGACAAAAUUGAGAUGUUCGAGCGGCUCCUGCGGUCCAUCUACACCCCCCAGAAUCUCUACUGCAUCCACAUCGACAGGAAGUCACCAGCCACCUUCCAGGAGGCUGUGCGAGCCAUCACCGCCUGCUUCCCCAAUGUCUUUGUGGCCAGCCGCCUGGAGAACGUGGUCUAUGCUUCCUGGUCCCGGCUGCAGGCUGACCUGAACUGCAUGCAGGACCUGCUCCAGAACCCUGUGCCCUGGCGUUACUUUAUCAACACCUGCGGCACUGACUUCCCCAUCAAGACUAAUGCUGAGAUUGUUCGCACUCUGAAGGUCCUGCAGGGGCGGAACAGCAUUGAGUCUGAGAGGCCCUCGGCCCUCAAGCAGGAGCGCUGGCGGUACCACCAUGAAGUGACGCAGUUCAUCUUCAGGACAGCUACAGAGAAACAGCCACCACCGCAUGGCUUCCCCAUGUUCACAGGCAACGCGUACAUUGUGGCCGCACGGGCCUUCGUGGAGCACCUCUUCCAGAGCCCCACAGUGCAGCAGUUCCUCGAGUGGGCCAAGGACACCUACAGCCCCGACGAGCACGUCUGGGCCACCCUCAACCGCAUGCCCGGCGUGCCAGGGUCUGUGCCACACAACGACAAGUUCGAGCUCUCAGACAUGAACGCCAUGGCCCGCCUGGUCAAGUGGCAGUACUUGGAGGGCGACACCAGCAAGGGCGCGCCUUACCCGCCCUGCACCGGCCGGCACCAGCGCGCUGUCUGUGUCUACGGCGCCGGGGACCUGCCCUGGAUGCUCCAGCAGCACCAUCUCUUGGCCAACAAGUUCGACCCGCUGGUGGACGAGGCCGCUAUCCAGUGCCUCGAGGUGCACCUGCGCCACAGGGCCCUCUACGGACGGGGGCUCUGA